AUGAAAUGUGAACAGCUGUAUGAAGAUGAUCAUGGUAGUCGUGUCGGACGCGCUGCAGCAAUUGUUGAAGUUCUUGAAGGCUUCGGAGAUAAAGGAAAAAUUAAUGAAGUACCCAUUGCACCUAUCAUUGGCAGUGCACUUGGCAUUGCAUUCGGACUUGCAAUUACUGCAGGUAUAUUUGCAAGUUAUCAUUAUAUAUCUCGCAAUUAUUAUGGACCAUAUUAUAUGACACUUGGAUUCUAUCCAGAGGCUGAUAAUAUUGUUUAUGGAAAAGGAAUAGAUGAUUUAGGUACUUAUUCACCAAGAACACUUCGAAUGGAUUUAAUAAAACAUUAUCAAGUUGGAACAGAAAAUUCACAAGAAAAUUUAGGUCAUAAAGUGAUAAUUCAGGUAAAAUGGAUUCAUAGUAAUCAACAAUUUGAAGGCAAACAUUAUGUUCGAACAAGAUUGCGUCAGAAUGAAAAUAGAUUUAUAAUUCGAUACGAAGGUGUAUAA